CCAGCACAGCUGGGCUGGCCCUGGUGCUGCAGCACCACCCAGGCCAGGGUCACGGCCACGGCCUUCUCCACCCUCCAGAUAUUCACCGAAGCUCCUCCCUGAGCCGGGGCAAGCUACUUACCCUACCCUUCUCCUGUCUCUCUUUCUCUCUCUCCUCUCACCUCCCUCUGUACCUCUUCUGGUCCCUGGUCCCUGCAGGGUACCUGACCUCAUCUCUCAUUUCUUUUGCCUCCCUUAGGAGAAAUGUGUAAGCCUCCAGGCGGGUGGGGGGAAGGGACACCCCAGCCUCCACAGGCACCGGUACAGGUCUCUCUUCCUCGGUCUCUGUCUCUUCUUCCCUCCCUUGCUCUUUCUCUCUCUUUCUCUCUCUUUCUCUCUCUCUUCUCUCUCUCUUCUCUCUCCUUUCCCCUAGUACCUUUUGCAAAGUGUUUUCUGGUAGAGGGUGGUGGGGUGGAAGGGACACUUUUUCCUUUGGGGACCAGAUUUCUCCUCUCUGGCUCCUGGUGGCCUAAGUUCUUCUGGUUUGGCGUUUCCAAGGCCCAGGGCUGUUGUGGAGUACAGAGAACCAGUCUCCUCACCCUCCACCCCUCCUGACCAGUCGGGUUCAGUAUUGAGGAGGGUCGUCAGCUAUCCCAAUCCCCUGGGAGGGGGCAGCCUGCCAAACCCCUGGGACGGGGGUGGAGGGGCGGGCUUCCUGGAGAGGGUGGGAGUGGGUUCUGUCUCUGCACACUUGCAAAGCUGCAGUCAGGGUUUCUUCCGGGCUGAUGUGGGAGAGGACCAGGGAGGGUGAUGGGGUCACAGACUUGCUCUGGGGACUUCCACAGGCCCCAUAAUUUCUUGCAGGGAGCCCCACACUGGUGGAUGAGGCUAUCCGUUAUGGGCUAGGGAGUGGAGGUUGACCUGCUAGUAGUAGGGCAAAUGGACAAACAAUGAAAUGGUUUUGCCUUGAAAUUAAGGUGGUCUGUGGAGGAUCCCCUGCCAGGGAGGUGGGCGGGGUCCCUCUGAGCUGCUCCCCUCCCCUUUCCUUCCUGCCUUGCCUAUCUCAGAGGUCUGGGCUCCGUCCCUCCUUUGCUCUCCUGAGUCAGCCCUGCACUAGCCACUCUUCUUGCAGGCUUGGAACUACGGCACUGGAACUCCUCUCCGGGUUGGGCUACGGGAGGGACAAGGUGUUAGGAGCUGGGUGCUGAGGAGGGGUCCUUGCUGCUCAAGGCCCCUGACAGACCCUUUCUUAUUUUUCCCCUUCCUUGGAAUGACCUCUAACUGUGUUUUUCCUCCCCUGGUACCCUCUGACCAGCUCAGGCCCUCUUCAUAAACACAUACCCCUGGCAGGGGUCCCUAUGGGAUAAAGGGAAGAUCCAGGGAACAGGAAAAGAGGGUGGGGCCCGGGUAUUCUGGUCAGAGGGUACAGACAUAACCGAUGGGAAUGCCAAGGCUCAGAGCCCAAGCUUAACUCCUGUUAAAGGGGCUGUGUUGAUGGCUGCCUUGUGCCUAGGGACCUGGAGCCAACGCUGCCCAGUGCUAUCAAGGGAGGCCUACAGACUGCACCCCAACCAAGUUAGCCUGCUGAUGAGUCAGGCUGGAAGUAGGCACUAGACUUGGCUCCUAUCCAAGGGUCCCUCACUACUGAGGCUGCCCACUAUGCUGGUGCCAAGUUGUUUCAGCCCUCCCUGUGCCCCUGGGGCUAGCUGCUUUGGUGAUGGACCAAGCAGGAGCAGAGAAUUCACCAUAGACCCACAUGCACACACCCUACAACCCUGGCCUGCCUGUGGGUUCUAUCAUGAAAUGAGAAGGAGGCACCAGCCCUCCUGAAGGGAAGGGCAUCUGGCCCACAGUACUCAGGGAAGGGGGUUGGGGGGGGGGCUGGCCACACUGACCUGCUGGAUCAGGAGGGUAGGCUAGGAACAGGUGGUGCUGGGCUGUGAGGGGCAAGGGUGGGCAGGCCAGUGGUGCCAACGAGAUGCAGUCGAGGUUUUCCUCUUUUCAGGGAAUGGGGGGGUGGGGCGGGGCCCCCCACCUUUCUGACAUCAGCGCUGCCUUGGUCCCUCCUCCCGAGCCGGGGAUGGUCACAGUCUUCGUGUGCCCAGGGACCCUGCAGAAGGUUCUGGAGCCCACCUCCACACACGAGUCAGAGCACCAGUCUGGUGCAUGGUGCAAGGACCCGCUGCAGGCGGGUGACCGGAUCUACGUAAUGCCCUGGAUCCCCUACCGCACAGACACACUGACUGAAUAUGCCUCAUGGGAGGACUAUGUGGCCGCGCGCCACACCACCACCUACAGACUACCCAACCGUGUGGAUGGCACUGGCUUUGUGGUCUAUGAUGGCGCAGUCUUCUACAACAAGGAGCGCACACGCAACAUUGUCAAGUAUGACCUAAGGACCCGCAUCAAGAGCGGUGAGACAGUCAUCAACACAGCCAACUACCAUGACACCUCACCUUACCGCUGGGGAGGCAAAACCGACAUUGACCUGGCAGUGGAUGAGAACGGGUUGUGGGUCAUUUAUGCCACCGAAGGAAACAAUGGGCGCUUGGUGGUGAGCCAGCUCAACCCCUACACGUUGCGAUUCGAGGGCACGUGGGAAACAGGCUACGACAAGCGUUCGGCCUCCAAUGCCUUCAUGGUGUGCGGUGUCCUCUAUGUGUUACGCUCUGUCUAUGUGGAUGAUGACAGUGAGGCGGCUGGAAACCGGGUGGACUACGCCUUCAACACCAACGCGAACAGAGAGGAACCAGUCAGUCUCGCCUUCCCCAACCCCUACCAGUUUGUGUCCUCUGUUGACUACAACCCCCGGGACAACCAGCUGUAUGUGUGGAACAACUAUUUUGUGGUGCGCUACAGCCUGGAGUUCGGACCCCCAGAUCCCAGCGCUGGACCAGCCACUUCCCCGCCUCUCAGUACCACCACCACAGCGCGGCCCACACCCCUCACCAGCACAGCCUCGCCUGCAGCCACCACUCCACUUCGAAGGGCGCCCCUAACCACACACCCAGUGGGUGCCAUCAACCAGUUGGGACCUGAUCUGCCUCCAGCCACAGCGCCAGCACCCAGUACCCGGCGGCCUCCAGCCCCCAAUCUGCAUGUGUCCCCUGAGCUCUUCUGUGAGCCCCGAGAGGUCCGGCGGGUCCAGUGGCCAGCUACCCAACAGGGUAUGCUGGUGGAGAGGCCUUGCCCCAAGGGAACUCGAGGAAUUGCCUCGUUCCAGUGUCUCCCAGCUCUGGGGCUCUGGAACCCUCGGGGCCCUGACCUCAGCAACUGCACUUCCCCCUGGGUCAACCAAGUAGCCCAGAAGAUCAAAAGUGGAGAGAACGCAGCCAACAUUGCCAGUGAGCUGGCCCGCCACACACGGGGCUCCAUCUAUGCUGGGGACGUGUCCUCGUCAGUGAAGCUGAUGGAGCAACUUCUAGACAUUCUGGAUGCCCAGCUCCAAGCCCUACGGCCCAUCGAGCGCGAGUCAGCUGGCAAGAACUACAACAAGAUGCAUAAGCGAGAGAGAACCUGCAAGGACUAUAUCAAGGCUGUGGUGGAGACAGUGGACAACCUGCUCCGGCCAGAGGCACUUGAGUCUUGGAAAGACAUGAAUGCCACAGAGCAGGUGCACACAGCCACUAUGCUCCUAGAUGUGCUAGAGGAGGGUGCCUUCCUGCUAGCCGACAACGUCAGGGAACCUGCUCGCUUCUUGGCUGCCAAGCAGAACGUGGUCCUGGAGGUGACUGUCCUGAACACAGAGGGUCAAGUGCAGGAGCUGGUGUUCCCCCAGGAAUAUCCCAGUGAGAACUCCAUCCAGCUGUCCGCCAACACCAUCAAGCAGAAUAGCCGCAAUGGUGUGGUCAAGGUUGUCUUCAUUCUCUACAACAACCUGGGCCUCUUCUUGUCCACGGAGAAUGCCACAGUGAAGCUGGCAGGCGAGGCAGGGACCAGUGGCCCUGGAGGUGCCUCCCUGGUGGUCAACUCACAGGUCAUUGCAGCAUCCAUCAAUAAGGAAUCAAGCCGCGUCUUCCUAAUGGACCCUGUCAUCUUUACUGUGGCCCACUUGGAGGCCAAGAACCAUUUCAAUGCAAACUGCUCCUUCUGGAACUACUCAGAGCGCUCCAUGCUGGGCUACUGGUCAACCCAAGGCUGCCGCCUGGUGGAGUCCAAUAAGACCCAUACCACAUGUGCCUGCAGCCACCUCACCAACUUCGCAGUGCUCAUGGCUCACCGAGAGAUUUACCAGGGCCGUAUCAAUGAGCUGCUGCUGUCGGUCAUCACCUGGGUUGGCAUCGUCAUCUCACUGGUCUGUCUGGCCAUCUGCAUCUCCACCUUCUGCUUCCUGCGGGGCCUGCAGACCGACCGCAACACCAUCCACAAGAACCUGUGCAUCAACCUCUUCCUUGCGGAGCUGCUCUUCCUGGUUGGGAUAGACAAGACUCAAUAUGAGGUCGCCUGCCCUAUCUUUGCUGGCCUGCUGCACUACUUCUUCCUGGCCGCCUUCUCCUGGCUGUGCCUCGAAGGCGUACACCUCUACCUGCUGCUGGUGGAGGUGUUUGAGAGCGAGUACUCGAGGACCAAGUACUAUUACCUGGGCGGCUACUGCUUCCCGGCCCUGGUGGUAGGCAUUGCAGCAGCCAUUGACUACCGGAGCUAUGGCACUGAGAAGGCCUGCUGGCUGAGGGUGGAUAACUACUUCAUCUGGAGCUUCAUUGGGCCCGUCUCCUUUGUCAUUGUGGUGAACCUGGUGUUCCUCAUGGUGACCCUGCACAAGAUGAUCCGAAGCUCUUCAGUGCUCAAGCCUGACUCCAGCCGCCUUGACAACAUCAAGUCCUGGGCGCUGGGUGCCAUUGCUCUGCUCUUCCUGCUGGGCCUCACUUGGGCUUUUGGCCUCCUCUUCAUCAACAAGGAGUCAGUAGUCAUGGCCUAUCUCUUCACCACCUUCAACGCCUUCCAGGGGGUCUUCAUCUUUGUCUUUCACUGCGCCUUACAGAAAAAGGUGCACAAGGAGUACAGCAAGUGCCUGCGUCACUCCUACUGCUGCAUCCGCUCCCCGCCUGGGGGCACUCACGGCUCCCUUAAGACCUCAGCCAUGCGAAGUAACACCCGAUACUAUACAGGGACCCAGGUACCUGGGCAGGGAGGGCAUGUCCACCAGGUCUCUCUGGGGCCAAGAGGCAGGAGUGCUCUGCCAGAAUCUCAGAAAGAUUCUGGAGGGCAGGGUGGCCCUAGAGAUCCCCUCAUGUUUGGGCUGUGUCCCCAGAGCCGAAUCCGGAGGAUGUGGAAUGAUACCGUGAGGAAACAGACAGAGUCCUCUUUUAUGGCGGGUGACAUCAACAGCACCCCCACCCUGAACCGAGGUACCAUGGGGAACCACCUACUGACCAACCCCGUGCUCCAGCCCCGAGGAGGCACUAGCCCAUACAAUACACUCAUUGCAGAGUCUGUGGGCUUCAAUCCCUCCUCGCCCCCUGUCUUCAACUCCCCAGGAAGCUACAGGGAACCCAAGCACCCCUUGGGAGGCCGGGAAGCCUGUGGCAUGGACACCCUGCCCCUUAAUGGCAACUUCAACAACAGCUACUCCUUGCGCAGCGGAGAUUUCCCUCCAGGGGAUGGGGGUCCUGAGCCACCCCGAGGCCGGAACCUGGCGGAUGCUGCCGCCUUUGAGAAGAUGAUCAUCUCAGAGCUGGUGCACAACAACCUCCGGGGGGCCAGUGGAGGCGCCAAAGGGCCUCCACCAGAGCCUCCUGUGCCACCCGUGCCAGGGGUCAGUGAGGACGAGGCCGGUGGGCCCGGGGGUGCUGACCGGGCGGAGAUUGAACUUCUCUACAAGGCCUUGGAGGAGCCACUGCUGCUGCCCCGGGCCCAGUCGGUGCUGUACCAGAGUGAUCUGGAUGAGUCGGAGAGCUGCACAGCAGAGGAUGGGGCCACCAGCCGGCCUCUCUCCUCUCCUCCCGGCCGGGACUCCCUCUAUGCCAGCGGGGCCAACCUGCGGGACUCGCCCUCCUACCCGGACAGCAGCCCCGAAGGGCCUAAUGAGGCCCUGCCCCCACCCCCACCUGCUCCUCCUGGGCCCCCAGAAAUUUACUACACCUCCCGCCCACCGGCCCUGGUGGCUCGGAAUCCCCUACAGGGCUACUACCAGGUGCGGCGGCCUAGCCAUGAGGGCUACCUGGCAGCCCCCAGCCUCGAGGGGCCAGGGCCCGAUGGGGAUGGGCAGAUGCAGUUGGUCACUAGUCUCUGAGGGGCCUCAUGGACCAGAGGCCGGAGGCCUGGCCAGGGAGGGAACCCAGGAGGGGCUUUGAUGGGAGCAGAGACUGACGGAGGCAGUGGCUGGUGGCCACUCUCUGGGUGCCCCUCAGCCCGUGGGCCCCACAGUCCCCUUGGGACUCCGACCUGGGCCCAGGUGCCAGGGUUAGUAGACAGGGUUUCCACCAGCCACACCCCCCAAACCUCUCUAGGGGAGUGCAUUGAGGAGAUGCCCCAGGGCCUGGGAGUGAGGGAGCAGCUGCCUGGGGAGAGAGAAAGCAAGGAAUAAGGCUUCCCUGGGUCUACAGGAGUUGGCACUUUUGAGGUGGCCAAAGCCUUGCAGGAUCCAGCCUAUCAGCUCCUCUCCACCAAAAGGGAGCAGUGGGACAGAUGGACAGGAUCCUCCCGUGCUACAGUCCUUGCUCCCUGGAGAUUGGGUCUUGCACUGCAAGAAAGCCCAGGUCCAGGGAAUGGGGCAGUGGGGGCUGGUGGUUAACGGUGGAACUUUCGCUGAAGCUCCUUUCCCCCUUGCUAUUGGUCCCUGUCUCCCAAGCAAGCCUGCCCAUCAAUCCCCAGAGUGCACCCAAUGACCCCCUCCCUUGGGGUGACUCCUGAUGAAGCACAACUCCCCGAAGGGCCCCUAACCCACUGGGGUGGCCAUAUUUGGGCAGUUCCCAGUCCUGUGGGCUGGGCUAUCUGGGGAGCAGUUUUGGGGUCUGGGGCUCCCUGAGGAGUGGGUCCUGGGUUUGGAUCUUUCCCUAGGGGGUCCUCUUGCCCCUCUUUCUUCCUCCCCUAUUGCUGUAAAUAUUUCAACAAAAUGGAAAAGGAAAAAAAAGACAAAAAAAAAAAAAAAGUAAGAAAAAAAUCUCAUCACUUGAAGCCACCGGGCACCUGCAGCCCAGGCCAGCCCGGACUUUCUCCGGAACAGAGCAGCAGCCAGCCCUGGCAGCCAGGACUUCCUGUGUGUGUACAUCCCAGCCGGGGUGGGCAGCGGCCAGAGCAGCUUUUUACACUCCAGAGACAAAACAAAUCUAGAAGCAACAGCGAAACAAAGAACCUGUCCUUCCUAGCGCCACUCCUUUCACCUCUGCUGUUCUCCCUGCAUCAGUCAGCCCUCCUGGGGCGUGUACCUCACUGCCUGCCCCGGGACCAGAGCCUGUCUCCCCCUGCCCCACUGGCCAGGAGACAUCCUCACACCCAAAGAUGCUUUUGCCAAGAUGGCUGCACUACCCCUUUGAGUUCCUGCUUCUUGUAUAUCACUUCAGGACUCGUGGCAGGCAGGAGGAGGCUGGUGUCCCAUCCUGGGAAGGGCAAGGCAAAGAGUAGUGGAGUGGACAGUGCUUCCUAUAGCUGAGGAUGGGAUGGCAGUAGUGAGGUCAUUUCGUGGGGGUGGGCAAAGGUGAGGUCACUUUCCCUUACCAACCCCACCCCAAGCCCUCUGGCAGGCUUAGGGUGUCGGCCAAGCGCUUCCAGCCCUUUAGCCUGGCCUGCCCUCCCCCAGUUUUUUGGGGGUAGAAUAAUCCUGCUGCCAUCUUCCAGAGGUGACAUCACACCUCUGCUGACUUCACCCUGACUCUUCCCUGCCUUCUUCCUCACAAGUGCCAUGAGUUCAAGCAUCCUUGGGUCUCAGCUUGCUGCUGCCAUCAACUUCUUUGGGUUAUUGGGGAAGGACUCUAGGAAGGAGGUGGACAGGUGGCUGGAAGAUGACCCGUUUUGCUGCUAGAAAGCCCUCUCCCUUCUCGGGAGCUGGGACUGGCUUGUCCCCAUCAUUGAGGGGGGGAAAGGGGGCCAGACCAAAGAUAAUGGUUUGCCCCAUGGAGGGGAAUAAUGUGAGAAGGCAGGGUUUAUUCCAUCUCUGGUUUUUUUCUGGUAGUAUGUUUUAGCCUCUCUUGCCAGAAGAUGAAGGGUGAAGUCUAGAUAAGGAAAAAGAGAGAGGGUGGGGAUAGUCCCACCAAGCAGGUGUGAAGAGAGCAUGAAAUGGCUCAUAGCCCUUGUGUAAUUUCAUUCAACCUGUGGCUCGCUGUGGCUAUGUGGAGUGGUUGGUCUAGGAGCCAGAGGACUUGACUCAGCCCAGGCCUGAGACCCAUCAGACACCAACAAACCAGGAAAAAGAGGUAGGGUGAAGAGCUCCUUGGGGAUUGGCAGGCACAGGAAUCCUGUGCCCUCUCUUCCUGCACAGCCCUUCUUCAAGUGUGGGCUAUGAAGGAUUACAGGAUGUAGUGUAGUGGGGCCUGUGGUUCCUGCUCCAGCUCCAAUCAUUAGCACAGGGAGUUAACUCCUAGGCCUCAGAGCUACAUGGCAGGUCCCUAUGUGGGGCUGGAUCCACUACAAUCCAGCGCAAGCCACCCAGAGAGCCCAGGUGUCCCCUAACUUAACCAGACCUGGUGCCUUGACGCCCCCAUCCCAGCGGGGACGGUACAGAGAAGGGUCUUGGUCUCCUCCUCCCUUCCUUGGGCUCCUGAAUUCAUUUGCUCCUAAAUCUUGCUCAUUCUUUUUCUCUGAAGUUUUCUUUCUUUUGGGUUUCCCUAGCUAUCCAACUUAUUUCUUUGUGUCCUUUUUGCUGUCUCUGUGUCCCUCUCUCUACUCUCAUUCUCAAUUUCUCAGUCCAUUUGGGCCUCCUCCCUGCUCCCGCCCCCCUAGUCCCUCCCCUCCUUGGUCUCCUUUUCGAUAUGCCAAACCAAUUUUGGGUCGAGUGCAUUUAACGAGAAUAAAACAAAAGGCUCAUAAGAACGUUUCAGAAAAAAACAAAAAGUUUAAAAAAAUGUUGAGUCAAAAGUCAAACAAUAAAGAAAUUAAGAUUUCUUGGAA